CGCUAGGCCAGCACACACACACUUAAACAUAUCGUUUAAUUUCGAUGUUCGUCGUGCAUCGCACGGAUGGGUGCACUAGUAUGAAUAAUAAAUCACUUUUUAAAUUGAAUUUGAAACAAAUUUGAGUUGAUAGUAGUAAAUAGAUUUGUAAUUCCCGAUUAAUAAUAAUAAUAAUAAUUCACACCGGCAACCGGCACCACCAUUUCCAGUCAAACCUUGCGCUAUUCCCAAAUAUAAAUCCUGAGACCAGUGGCCGCUUCACUCCUCACACCUACACACACUCUUUGAAUCAUCAUGGCCGGCCACAACGAAUACUUCAACGCCCCCUUCCGCCGCGUGGCGGUCGGCAACAGCGACGAGUUCCGGCAGCCGGACACCGUGAAGGCGGCGAUUGCGGAGUUCAUCAGCACCCUCAUAUUCGUCUUCGCGGGCUCCGGCUCCAGCAUAGCCUACAACAAGAUAACUGGCUUUGCUCCCGCCACUCCCACGGGCCUCGUGGCGGCGGCGAUCGCCUACGGCUUCGCCCUCUUCGUGGCGGUGUCCGUCUCCGCCAACAUCUCCGGCGGCCACGUCAACCCCGCCGUCACUUUCGGGUUGUUUGUGGGCGGGAAUAUCACUCUCUUCCGAGGUCUGCUCUACAUCAUCGCGCAGCUGCUUGGCUCUGUUGCUGCUUGCUUCCUCCUCUCUUUCACUACUGGUGGACUGGAAACGCCGCCGUUCACCGUGUCGGCCGGAGUGUCGGUGUGGGCCGGCUUAGUCUUCGAGAUCGUGAUGACUUUCGGGCUGGUUUACACCGUGUACGCCACCGCCGUCGACCCCAAGAAGGGCCAACUGGGGACCAUCGCUCCCAUCGCGAUUGGUUUCAUCGUGGCGGCCAACAUUCUCGCCGGCGGCGCCUUCACCGGCGCCUCCAUGAACCCCGCCGUGUCCUUCGGGCCGGCUCUCGUCAGCUUCACCUGGACCAACCACUGGGUUUUCUGGGCCGGGCCGCUCAUCGGCGCCGCCAUCGCCGGAAUCGUCUACGAAGCCUUCUUCAUCAACCACUCCGGCCACGAGCGGUUGCCCGGCGGCGAUCAUCACGGAGUCCACUGAUGUUGCUUUCUCCAUGUGAAUUGUGUUUGGUAUAUUGUAACUGUCGUGUUUUGAAUUACUCCAUGUGGAAAUGUGUCGCCUUGUGUUUGCACGGCUUUUUUGUUAUAUGUUUGUUUACAAUUUUCGAUUACAAUUACGAAUUACUGCUUUUUUUUAUUUAAGGGACGACGUUUUGUUAUGGCCAUAGUUGAUUGUAAUAAUCCACAUCAAGUAUGUGACAUUUGGAAAUUUAUUGUAAUAAUGCACAUCAAUUAUGCA